UGUUUACUAUCAAAACAGCUAGCUACCUGACCUUCUAGACGAUCUGCUGCUCGUCUGGAGCACUCGCAGUCUGGCAGGAGGAGUUGUGUGCAUUUCACCACGCAUACCUUACUUCAGCAGCGACAUCGAGCAGCCAUAGCCAUACACCCAGCGCGCCGACCGGCUUCUGGACAACCUGCACGCACGCUCGCGUCGCCGACUGCAGAUGUUGGUACCUGCAUCUCGACUUCGCCGGUAGCUUGCAGAUUCGCAUCGGGAACGACGACAACCAAUUCCUGUACGCGACUUCACUACUGGCACUUCACCACAUCACGCCUGCCCGCAGCACGACGACCUCAGUUCCGCUCAGCACCCUCGUGACCGAGUCACACCAUUGCAAGCGACACGCGCCAAUCACCACCGACACGGCAAUGGACGCGAAGCCUCAGCGUCCCGCCUCGCGCGCGGUGCGCCUCAACGACGAGAACAUGCAUCCAUCACAACCGACUGGCCUGCCCGGCAAGACGCUGCACCAACGAACCAAAUCGGCGUCCAACAUCAACCUCAAAAAGCACAUCCUUGGCGAGUCGAACCCUAACUCGAAGUUGGUGCACAAGGACGAUUCGGAAAUUGGCAAGACAUCGCCUGGUAAGCUGAAAUACGUGGAAGAGCAAGCCGUCGCCGCUCCGAUGCAGCGUCCAGCGGUGCGGCCGCUCGGGCAGAAGAGCAGUAACAUGCAGAUGGCGGCUCCUGCUCCGGGCACGACGAAGUCGUCUGGGUCGGAGGAGCCGUUGCAGAGGAAGAUAGCGCCCAAGAAGAGCACCAAGGUGUUGAAGGACGUCGCCGUGCCAGCCACACUGCCCGAGUUGGACACGAGAAUGUCCAGCGACUCAUCACACCUUCCUGCUGCCCAUGCCGACGCAGCUGCUCGGUCACAUACAUAUGCCGUGCAGCAGCAGGACAUGCACGCCACAGAGGCCGGUGCGCUUCGCGAUCGUGACUCUGCAAUUGGUCUUCGGCAACACGUUCAGUCCGUCGUACCAACUGUCAUGCCUCAGCAACAAGUAUAUCUGCAGACUCAGCCACAUCAAACUGCCUACAGCAACUCUACUCCAGUCACUGAGCAGUACGAUGAGUACGACGAUGAGGACCAGGACUACAUGACUGCGAAGUCCUUUGGCAUGUGCGAUCCUACCACCGGCGAAGUGACUACCAUCUUCAAUCCUUCGAAUAACCAGAAGGCUGCUGCCGAGAUCGCUGAGGCCAAGAACCAUGUCGACGUUACGCGCACUGCAGAGGACAUCGAAGACGAGCAGUGGGACACCUCCAUGGUUGCCGAGUAUGGCGACGAAAUUUUCGACUACAUGCGUGAGAUGGAGGCGCGCAUGUCCCCCAACCCAUUCUACAUGGAGAUGCAAGCUGAGAUCCAAUGGUCGAUGCGCGGCGUUCUCAUAGAUUGGGUCGUCCAGGUUCACCAGCGCUUCAACUUGCUGCCGGAAACACUGUUUCUCACGAUCAACUACAUCGAUCGCUUCUUGUCCUGUAAGGUCGUCUCCUUGGGCAAGUUGCAACUCGUCGGUGCCACCGCCAUUUUUGUUGCCGCGAAGUACGAAGAGGUUAACUGCCCCACCAUCUCCGAAAUCAUUUACAUGGUGGACAAUGGCUACACUGCCGACGAGCUUCUCAAGGCCGAACGGUUCAUGCUCAGCAUGCUGCAGUUCGAGCUGGGAUGGCCAGGACCAAUGAGCUUCCUCCGCCGCAUCAGCAAAGCUGAUGACUACGAUCUUGAGACGCGUACUUUGGCCAAGUACUUCCUGGAGGUCACCAUCAUGGACGAGCGGUUUGUUGGGUGCAAGCCCAGCUUCCUCGCAGCUGGGGCUCACUGCAUGGCUCGCCUCAUGCUGCGCAAGGGUGACUGGAGCAAGGCUCACGUCUACUACUCCAACUACACCUUUCGCCAACUUCACAAACUUCUGUGGGCCAUGCUGGAGUGCUGCCAGGACGCUCAAAAGCACCACAGCGCCGUCUACGACAAGUACACCGACAAGCGGUAUAAGCGUGCCUCCACUUUCGUGCGUGGGGAAAUUCUCAAAGGCUUCGUUUUGCCAUUCUUCAAACCAGUGACAAGCAGCUUUGCUACUCUGGGCGCACAGGACCCCAGUUGGCAGCAGCAGUAGUCGCGUCAUGGCGUGGCAAUGGCAGGUGUCUAUUCACUUUCUCUUGCAGUGGCGACUUUACACUCGCUGCGGACUCAACGGACCUUUUGGCUGUUUGAUACCUGAGCACUCCAGACCUUGAGGCGAGGUCUUUCUUACAAUGGCGCAUGGGUGGUUGCUUAUCCAACGAUUGAGACGAUAUGGACGACGAAACGAACCGACUCACCUUCGACUUGUCCGGGUUUAUGCAGAUUGAUUGAGCUUUCCUUUUGCGGUAUGUUGUUCCAUCCUCCUUUUCUUCCACCACGGGCAGCGGCAGCGACAGCGGCAGCGACGGCGGCGUUAGGUAGAUUUAGACUAGUACUCGGCUCGUUGAAGCUUUUGAGGUGGUAAUAAUACAGGGAGGGAGGAGCGCAGGAGCUCCAAUAGCGAUGGAGCGUUGAAGGCCAAGAUGGUCAAAGCAUAGAGAGGCACGGAAGCAUGGCUAUACCACCCGACUGUCACCAUCGGACAACGACGGGGUGGGGUAGCAUGGCAUGGUAUGCAAAGCAUCUGAAAUAACGCUUCCCUCUCUUCUCUGUUUCGUGAGCCAGCAGCGUCCCAGUUGACGCAGGGUCGGUUCGCCGAGACGGAACCCCAAUGAUGGCUCUAUCGCUCUGCUUCAUCCAUUUUUAGCGGGAAGUAUAGCGAGGGAUCAUCCAUCGAGCGAAGACCCCACAAUAACUCGCCAUUCGGAUCUUCGUCAGCGCGAACUUCGAAGCUGCAGCGGAACGUGUUGGGUUCCUGCAGGUACCCUCGACUUCUCCGAACUAGAAGAUGG